AUGGUUGCUGUAACUAAUUUCUAUGCAAGGCUGAACACAGAACAUUUACCGCUUCAUGAAGGAACGCGCAAAUACUCUUUCACUCUUGUAACGGGAGCGAAUUCCAAAUAUUAUUCUCCUGGACUGAGGAACUUUGUAGCAUCAGCUCAGCACUGGGCACCAGGACUGAAUAUAGUGGUGUGGGAUCUAGGAUUGACGCCAGGGCAAGUGCAGGAAGCUCAAACAUGGUGUAAUGUGGCAUAUCGACGUUUUCCUUUCGAGAAAUACCCACGCCAUGUAAAGCAUCUAAGAAAGUAUGCUUGGAAACCAGUUAUAAUAAAACACAUGGUAGACGAACUGAAUAACAUUGUUUGGAUUGAUGCCGGUAGUCACAUCGAAGGCAACAUAACCAAAAUAGAUAACUUGAUUCAAAAGGAUGGAUAUCUGCUCCUCCAAGGACAAGAUAAAGAUACAACAAUGUUCCUCCAUGUAAGAAUGUGCACAUUCAUGGGUUUAGACAAGAAAACCUUCAAGUUGAAACCUUCGUACUCGGGGAAUCUAAAUGGUUGGUCCAAAAGGAAGGACACGUAUGAAAUGAUCCUGAAACCAUGGGUCAAAUGCGCAUUGACCAAGGAGUGCAUAGCCCCAGCAGGAUCGAACCAUGGAAACCAUCGUUAUGAUCAAUCUGCGCUGACUGUAAUAACGUACACAUCUGGUUUGCAACUCCAGCACCACACUGAACUAUAUGCUGUCAUCAAGCAAUCAAGAAAUGAGAACAGAGAUUAUCUUGGACAUCUUCGAACAUGCUGACUUUAUAAAUAAACAGACAUACUUUAGAUACAUGUAAAUGAAACAUAUAUAGAUGCGCUUUUUGCUUUAUUUAGGGAGUAUGAACCAGUUGAGGCAUGUGGCGAAAAUUGUAUAAAUAUAACUGUAUUGUAAAGUUAAAGGCAAUAUGCUAGUGUGCAUGUUGAGAUUGUUAUUCAACUCUAAGUAUAUUCUGAGCCUCUUCAUUCCUUUUAUUUAUGUUAGGUUUAGAAUAUUCAUACAUCGCCGUCUUUUUUCGUACUUCUGUAAAUGAGAUAGGAAGGGUAGUCGUUAAAACUAAAACAAUUAUUAUGCCUGCUAUAUUAUUAAUUUUUUUUCGUACGAUUAAUAUAUGAGACGGUAUGUUCCUUCCGUUCUAGACCUGGAGCACAAAAUAAACAAUUCAACAGUUUUCUUCGGUUAGAAAUGUAAGUUACCCAUAUCCUCUUAUA